UCUUCCGCCGGGGGGCCCUCCUCGCCCUCCACCGGGAUUCAAACCACCGCCACCUCUAGAAGUUAACGAUGAAAAGAAAGAGGACCCAGAAGCAGAUGUGCCCCAGCGAGCAACAUGGGGAAACCAGAUCGAAUUCCUCAUGUCCUGUAUAGCCACAUCUGUGGGCCUCGGCAACGUGUGGCGGUUCCCCUUCGUGGCGUACAAUAACGGCGGUGGCGCCUUCCUCAUACCUUACAUUAUAGUACUUUUCAUCAUUGGUAAACCCAUGUACUACCUUGAAUGUGCAAUGGGCCAGUUCAGUACAAGAAAUUCUGUGAAGAUUUGGGCACUGUCGCCUGCAAUGAAAGGAACGGGCUACGCACAGGCCAUGGGCACGAGCCUCAUCUUAUCUUACUACGUGUCGAUCAUCGCACUGUGCCUGUACUACCUGGUGUUCAGCUUCCAAGGGACGCUGCCGUGGGCGGUGUGCGACGAGGCCUGGACCGACGUGCUGUGCGUGCCGUCCGGCCACGACGGCGUCGGGUUCCAUGUUGAGAACGGCACGAGCAGUGCCGAGCUAUUCUUUUUGAGGACAGUGAUUCAACAGAAGGACACCCUUGCUGGUGGUCUUGGGCUCCCGAUCUGGUACCUGGUGCUGUUCCUGCUGUUAUCCUGGGUGAUCAUCUUCUUGAUCGUCGCACGAGGAGUCAAGAGCUCCGGAAAGGCCGCAUACUUCCUCGCCAUCUUCCCCUACAUCGUCAUGAUUAUUCUGUUGAUCAGUACCAGUUUGUUGGAUGGAGCCGGGACGGGAAUUUUGUUCUUCUUGACUCCCCAGUGGGAUAAACUCAUCGAACUUGAUGUGUGGUACGCAGCCGUAACGCAGGUAUUCUUCUCUCUUUCCGUGUGCACGGGAUGUAUGAUUAUGUUCUCUUCAUACAACGGCUUCAGACAAAAUGUUUACAGAGACGCCAUGAUCGUUACAACCCUGGACACCUUCACGAGUCUGCUGUCCGGUAUCACCAUCUUCGGCAUCCUGGGGAACCUGGCGCACGUGCUGGGCCGCGAGGUGAACGACGUGGUUGGUGAUGGCGGCACGGGCCUGGCGUUCAUAUCUUACCCUGACGCUAUCGCGAAAACACCCCUGCCUCAGUUGUUCUCCGUACUGUUCUUCCUGAUGAUGGCGGUGCUGGGCGUGGGCUCGGCCGUGGCCAUGCUGUCGGCCGUCAACACGGUGCUGCUGGACACCUUCCCGCGCGUGCCCACCAUCAUCAUAUCGGCAUGCUGCUGCACGGCCGGCUUCGCCUUCGGCCUCAUUUACGUAACACCUGGCGGUCAAUGGGUGUUGGAGCUUAUAGAUCACUUUGGUGGAACGUUCUUGAUACUAUUCACUGGUAUUGCUGAAGUCGGCGGAAUUAUCUGGCUGUACGGUCUAGAGAACGUGUGCCUGGACAUCGAGUUCAUGCUGGGCCUCAAGACCGGCAUCUACUGGCGGUGGUGUUGGGGCGUCCUUACUCCUGCCAUGAUGAUCGUGGUCUUCAUAUACGCCUUAGUCAAUAAUACUUUCGGUGGUGAUGCCUUCCCGCAUGUUGCGAUCUCAAUUGGAUAUGUCAUUCUAUUCAUCGGCAUUGCACUGGUUCCCCUCUUCAUCGGCCUAACAAUGCACAAGUACAGAACUGGAAACUUUAUCAAGACAAUCAAAGUAGCCUUUACCAAAAAGCGAUCAUGGGGCCCCAGCGACAAGGCCACGAGGCAGGAGUGGGCCCUCUUCAAGGAAGAAGCGAAGGAGGCGAGGAAGAAACGCACCACGAGCAAGCUCAAACACAUAGGCCUCAGUUUAAUAGGCGCAUACAGAAGAGGAGUUUAACUUACAAUAAAAUUAAUGUACUUAGUUCAUAAUUUAUUUAUUGUACAUAUUUUCAAAGACAAUGACAAAUUAAAUAUACGAGUUUUGAUAUUA